UUCCAGACCUUAAGCCGAGAAGCAGUUGCCGCCAUGGUGAUUAACAGACAAGAUGGCAUUGGCGCCGUAACUGUUAUAUUGGACACGCUGGAUAUGAGCUCUGAGGCCUCCUGGAGGUCUGCACCGUCCGUCGAGUAUGCCCCACCAUCCUACAGCGAAGCUCUACAGCAGACCCGCUCGCCCACGACGCCUUCCUCAUCCUCGAGCGUCCUCCGACAGACGCAGCAGGCGCCGCUCUCCCCUCCGGAACGCGACUCCGAACCGCCGCCUUCCUACGACGAAGCCGUAGCCGCCCUCCACUACCACCACGACCACCAUGACGCACUCUCAACGGCGCCUUGCCCUCAAUAUACAGACUCUGUCACCCACGAACACUUAAACGCAGCCCCUUCGGCUGAACAAACACAGACUCAAUUCUCACCAUUAACAAUACACUCUCAACAACAUUCUAUAUAUUACAAUUCAAAUAAAGAGGACACUAUUGUGUUACCUACAGUUACAGGUUAAA